CUUCCACACUAUUUAUCCUUCAAACUUCCUUCCAAUGGCUUUAUGAUGUCACUUUGUCGAUUGUGAUGCCCGAGUAGGCCAAUUGUGAUUCCUUUGACUGGUUUUACUCUUAAGAGAGUUUUGCUAUUAACCAUCAUCAGGAAGUUGUAAUGAAUAUCAUGUAAUUAAUCUGCCAAAUGCUAUUUUCCUAGUGGCGUGUGCCAACAGUUUUAAGUUUCAUUGAGUUUUGUCACUUUGAUAAGUGACUUCAUUAUAAUGUCCAUAUGAACAUAUGGGGUGUGACUAUCGACAAUGAGAAUGACAUCCCUCGUCUUAUCGAUUCUUCUCAUCAUUUCCUGUGAAUGGGGUGCAUUAAGUUUCCACAAGUCCAGGUACCUCCGUAUUUUACGGCAGAAACACCAUUUUCAGGGAACUGAGCAAUGGUUUGUCCAGAGGCUGGAUCAUUUCAAUGCCGCUGAUCAGAGGGUAUGGAAACAGAGAUUUUACAUCAAUGAUACAUUUUAUCAGCCUGGCGGUCCUGUAUUUCUGAUGAUUGGUGGAGAGGGCACAGCAAACCCAGCCUGGAUGGACCACGGUUCCUGGAUAAACUUUGCUGAAAAAUUGGGAGCUAUGUGUCUUCUUAUAGAGCACCGGUUUUAUGGAAAAAGCCAGCCAACAACAGACUUAAGCACAUCAAAUCUUCAGUACCUCCGCAGUGACCAGGCCCUUGCCGACCUCGCCCACUUUCGAGCAGUGGUCGAUGUCAAAAUGAACCUUACGCACAACAAAUGGGUAGCAUUUGGAGGUUCCUAUCCCGGAUCCCUGGCCGCAUGGUUUAGACUAAAAUACCCACACCUUGUCUACGCUGCUGUCGCAUCCAGUGCACCAGUGCAAACAGUUAUCAACUUUUCAGAGUAUUUGGAAGUGGUUAAUUAUUCCUUGGAAAGUUAUAGUACUUCAUGCCCUCUACUGGUGAAGGAUGCCUCUGAUACACUCGUCGAAUUGUUGCCAAAUACUAACACGUACAGCCAGAUCACACUAGAUUUUCAGUUAUGUGAACCACUUGAAAUAAAAUCCAAAAUGGAUUCUGCAUAUUUAUUGGAGACUCUAGCUGGGAAUUUCAUGGAUGUGGUCCAAUAUAAUAAGGACAACAGAGUGUUUGAGGACCCAAAAGGUACCAACAUCACAGUUGAGGUGGUCUGUACUAUAAUGGAGAACUCAUCACUGGGCAUACCUUACAAGAGAUAUGCCAAAGUCUCGCAGCUCCUACUGGAUACGUAUGAAGAAAAAUGUCUGGAUGCAAGUUACAGCAAGUUCUUAUCUGACAUGUUGAACACGUCCUGGUCUGCUCCAGCAGCAGAUGGAAGCAGACAAUGGGCCUAUCAGUCAUGUACAGAGUUUGGCUAUUAUCAAUCAACUGAAUCACUCCGCCAGCCCUUUUCUGGCUUUCCCCUCAGUUACAAACUUCAACAAUGCAUAGAUUUAUUUGGCCCUCUAUUUAAUCCAGUUGUACUUGCUGAUGCUGUACAGCACACUAAUGAAAACUAUGGAGGUCAUAACAUUAAAGGAAAUCGGAUAAUGUUCCCAAAUGGCUCGAAUGAUCCCUGGCAUAUACUAGGCGUUACCAAAGGUCAUAAAGCUAUUUACAUUCAAGGUACAGCGCACUGUGCUGACAUGUACCCAGAGCAACAAAGUGACGUACCACAGCUCCGAGAAGCAAGAGAAGAGAUUUUUCAGCGGCUUAAAAGCUGGGUUAAACAAUAAAGGCUUUCAGCAACAUCAGAAUGAAACACCCGGGAAUUAGCUGUAUUUGUACUAUUCUCCUCGAUGUGGCCUUAUAGAAUAUC